AACUAGAAGAUGGAUAUAUAAUGUUUAUUCCUCUAGGGCAAGAAGCCUUUCGAAUGGGACUUUCGAGGACGUUAAAUUUUUUCUAAUAGAUUCCGUUUUGACACGCAGCUGCCCCAACUCUACUAUAAAUUUCACAUCUUUCGUUUCAUGAUCGUAGGCAAAGCGAUACAGAAUAGUUUCUUCUUCUUCUGAAGUUAGUUAUCAGCGAAAAUGGCGUCAGCUUCAGGAGAAGAAGAAGAAAAUGCCGCAGAGCUCAAGAUAGGUGAAGAAUUCUUGAAAGCUAAAUGUCUCAUGAAUGCUGAGGUUGCCCUAAUUUUGGAGAAAAAAUAUGAUCAGCUUCAGCAAGCAUCCGAAGAUGCUUCAUCUCAAGUGUCACAAGUGUUUGAGAGAUCUUUGCAGUAUGUGACACGUUUCAGUCGUUACAAAAAUCCAGAUGCUGUGAAACAAGUUCGAGACGUGCUAAGCAGAAAUGCAUUGAGCGAAUUUGAGCUUUGCGUAAUUGGCAAUCUUUGCCCAGACACUGCAGAGGAGGCUAAAGCUAUGGUUCCAUCACUUAAACAUAAGGGCCGUGGGUUGGAUGAUGAAAAGAUUGACAAAAUGCUUAAUGAUCUUGCUGUGAUAAGGAAAUUCGAAUAGCAUACUCUAUAUACUCCCAGAACGUGCAGAAUACUUUGGUUGGUGUCCACGAUGAAUGCUUCUUCUAUGUGACAAGUUGUUUUAACUUUUUCAGUUUUCUGAACAUAUCAAUCAUGUACAAAGUUACUUCUAAUGACUCGUGUAUAUUUCAUGAUUCUAGGGGUUUUUGAGUUGAACACUGCAAAUGAUGUUUUCUAUUUUGCUGUGUAUUUUUUGAUUCGAGAUCUGCAAUGGCAUGCUGACAUUUCGUUAAGGACUGCAAAGGAUUCUAGUAUUUGGAAAGGUGAAAGGUGAUGCGAGGAUAAUAUAAUCUAAGUAAAUCACAUGUUUGGGCUCAAUGGCUUCACAGCUGCAAGUUCUUUUCAACUAAUAUUACACUUUAUAGUAAAAUCCAUAUAAAUGCAGGUCUGAAAUUUCCAACUAAUGUGAUAUUUUCACAUCAUGUAUGCUCGGAAGUAAAGAAAAGAGACAUUGAGAGUCACUCACAUGGGCAAAUUUUAGACAUCAAGUUUAUGUAUGCAUUUUAGAAGCUAUUAUUGUAAUGACGCUUUUGAACAA